AUGAGUAGUGACGCGAGUGGUGGUACCGUGGCAGCAUGCCACACCGGCGACGCUGCAACGACGACGGCACUCUUGUUGCCUCAUGCCUCUGACACCGACGCACCGUUGCUUCACCAAGUGCAUGCCGACGAGAUCUCGGCGCUCACGGCCCGCCACGCCCAUGAAGAACGGGCGCUCACGCAGCUGCAUGCGAUCGAAGACACGACGUACCAGGCCGUGCUAAAAGAAGCCGCGAACGUCGACACGCACGUGGCUGAUACGGCGUGCCCGGCCUACUAUGUGGCGCUGCACCUCAAGCACAAGCGAGAGCAGAGUGCGCUGCGCAAGGUCCAGCUGGCCGAGUCGGUGCUCUUUUGCCAUGCCCAGCGCGACCAGUACGACGCCUUCGUGCGCCGGCAGGAGCGCGCGCGGGCGGCGCUCGCGGCCAAGCAGCGCCACGAGAUUGAGUGCGCCAUGCACGACGCGGACGAUCCGACCUUUGUCGAGCUCCUGUACCGCGAUCUGCGCCGCGAUACCUAG